CAGGAAUUUGCAGGACCAUCGUUCCGUGCUUUUUCCUAAAGCAACGUUUUUGCAGUCCUGGCUACCCAGCCCUUUCCGAGGUCCGAGGACCCAGAAACCACCCCUAACUCUGGACCUUCAACCCAGAAAGUCCGGAUGGGACAUGCAGCAAGACCGGGGCGCUUCUUCGGAGUCUACCUGCUCUACUGUCAGAACCCUCGGCAUCGGGGCCGUGUUUACGUGGGAUUCACUGUCAAUCCUGCUCGUCGGGUCCGGCAACACAACGCGGGUCGCAAAAAAGGUGGCGCCUGGCGGACCAGCGGGCGAGGACCCUGGGACAUGGUGCUGAUUCUACACGGGUUCCCGUCUGCUGUGGCCGCCCUUCGGUUUGAAUGGGCCUGGCAGCAUCCUCAAGCUUCGCGACGUCUGACUCACGUGGGGCCGCGCCUGCGCAGCGAGGCUUCCUUUACCUUCCACCUGCGCGUGCUGGCGCACAUGCUUCGAGUUCCUCCGUGGGUGCGCCUCCCUCUAACAGUGCGGUGGCUGCGACCUGAUUUCCGCCAUGAACUCUGUCCAGCUCCACCACCACACAUGCCCAUUGCCUUUGGACCGCCACCACCCCAGCCCUUGGUCCCAAAACGACCCGCUGCAAGUGAGGCUGACAGUGAGCGACGGCUGGAUCUAGGUGCCAAGGCCAGCUGCACUCUAUGUGCGCGUAUGCUGCAGGAUGAAGAGGGCCCCUUGUGUUGCCCCCAUCCUGGUUGUCCCCUAAGGGCCCAUAUCAUCUGCUUGGCAGAGGAGUUCCUGCAGGAAGAGCCUGGGCAGCUUCUGCCCCUAGAGGGCCAUUGUCCUAGCUGCAAGAAGUCACUACUUUGGGGAAACCUGGUUGGGCAGUGCCACGAGGACACCGAGGAGGAAGAGGUGGAUUUGGAAUUAGAGGAGGAACACUGGACAGACUUGCUGGAGACUUGAUCCUAAGUGUCCCCAACUUUGACCCCUGCACCUUUUCUGCCUCUCAAGUCAAUUGACAGCUUAACUUGGGCACAAUAAAAAGGCUGAGUUAGGGGUACCUUCUGAUGUUUUCUCAGAGAGGGGCCGGAAGGCAAGAAGUGAAGUGGAAGCUUUGGCAUGACCAUGUGGCCUCCCUACCUCCCUCACCUUUCUCAGAGAUAACAGCUACUGUCUUCAUUCACUUCCCAUAGCUUAUAAAUAUUGGGACCAGCAACUUGGGGGAGGAGGGAGCUUGUCUCAUCUUACACUUCCAGGUAACAGCCCUUCAGUGAAGGAACUUUGGGUGGACACUCAAGGCAGGAACCGGGAGCAGAAACCAUGCAGGCAGGGGUUGUUUAUUGGCUCCAUCUCUCUGGCUGGUGCGCCAGUGAACACUUACAUAACCCAGAACCACCUGCCUAGAGGUGGCGCUGUCCAGUGGGCUGGGCCUUCUCACAUCAAUCAACACUAAAGACAGUGCCCCCAGAGACACGCCCACAGGCCCGUUUGGCCGAGACAGCCCGGGAUUGAGGAUCCCUCUGAUAAGGCUGGGCUGUGUAAAGUUGACAACGGAAACUAAAUAGGAGAAUAAUUAAAGGCUCAGAGAGUAGCACCUGUGACUUGGAGUUGGGAGCACAAAGGUCCUUGUGUUCACACAUCAGCACCAGGGGAAAACAGGAAUGUUAAAACAGGUUGUCUUUUCCAGGAAAAAGAUGUAUAAUCUGCCGGCCUCCGAGUCCGGAGCGGGCUAACAGCCUAGAUAACCCCUGUGCUAUUUACAGGGCUUUGAAUCCAAAAAGCUCCCACAACCAGGGCCAGGUGACCUCUGUGCCAUCUGUAUGACUCAGACUACACUAGAUCCUUCCCUAGGUCUUUAACACACGUAGCCUACCCACCUUCACGGAGGAAGUAACUCUUCUGAGAAGAGUUCAGAUGUAAUUGUGCCUCCUUGUGCGCACGGGAUUUGGUACAACAGGAAACUUUCCCAAAUUGUUCUGCACUUACAUAUGUGAACCCUAAAAUAAACCACCUGGUCUCAGACUCCAGAAGUUUGAACCACAACCAGCUACUGUGUCCUGCUGACCGGAUUUCCUUUGUGCCUCACUGGUCUUUACUCUGCUAACCCUGGUGUUUGCACCUGGGAGCCCAGGAAGCCACAGACCAGAUCCUCUUGGGUAAGCGCCUGUGUGAGGGGGACUUGCCAGACAGCCCUCGCUCUGCCCAGCUCCUCACUCUAUCCUGCUCCACAUGAGACUUGCUCUGGUUGUGUGGGCAACUCCUAUUUGCUCUCUCCCCUCUGUGCUCUGUCCAUGCUUCCCCAUCUUAGUGGGCAACUCCAGGUAACAGGCAGAGCUUUGCUCAUGCCCAAACAAGCACAGCGCCUCCACUAACUGCAUUUGUCUUAGUGCCAAAUAAACCCACACCCUGAGUGGUUGCCUUUCGUGGAGAGCCUGAGCUCCUGGGGACAGGAGGGAUGGCUGUAGGCUGACAGCUGCAGUAGGAGGUGGUUGGAGAGAUGAAGCUGGCUGCAAGCUGUGAGCACAGGCAGGUCCCAGGGGACUUUUCUGGUACAUUAUGGCAUCUCCUGGAAAGCUAUCAAACUUUGUGACCCCCAAGAGUUCAUGAAUGGGGGCUAGAGAGCUGGCCCAGUGGUUAAGUGGCUGUUCUUGUAGAGGACUCAGGUUCAAUUCCUAACACCCACAUGGUGUCUCACAACCACCUACAACUCCAAUUCCAAGGGAUCCAAUGGCAUCUUCUGCUCUUGUGGGACUAGGCAGACUGGUGGUCCACAGAGUAGGCUGCACAUAAAUAAAAUAAUAAAGUUAAAUUUAAAAAAA